AUGGACUCGUCGCGACAGGAUGCGCUGGAGAGAGCCCCAAGUGAACCCGCCUCGGCUGACGACGCCAGAGCAAAUGACGACCAGACGCUCGUUUCAGCCGGGAGUACAAGAUCCGAACACCGGUCGGGUUACCAGUCACCUCCUCCAACUGACCUCGCUGAUCGAGUGUUUCCAAUCCGCUCGGUAGUUCGCGUGGACCCUUUUACCAACGACGACCUGUUCCCCCACCUGGCCGAGGCUGACAGUCAAGGCCCUGGCAUACCAGUGCACCACCUCAGCUCUGCCAACCGGACAGAUUCUUGGAACGAUCCUCGAAGGUUGGAGCUUGAGCCCAUGUCACCAACAUCUCCGUCUUCAUCAGAUGACCGAGCUGCUCAAAUCCGCAAAAAAAGGGCCAUGAGUGGGCCCUACAGCAGCCUCCAGGCGGAUGCCGUCCGUCACAGCUCAUCGACGCCUUUGAAUUUGAACCUAACUAUCUCAGAUAAAGAUGACGAUGAUGUCAAAAGCUCUGAUGGCGAUAGUUCUUUAGUCCCGACCGAAGUGCCUCUGAGUCCCGACGAUCAGCCAUUGGACGAUUUCCAGCACGUUGCAACUCCUUUUACGCACAUCACAACCGACGAGGGCCACGCCGUCAUCACUGGGAGAGAUGGCGUUUUGCAAAGAUGCGAAGAAGAACCCAUUCACAUUCCGGGUGCUAUUCAGGGCUUCGGCGUCCUCUUAGCCAUGCGCGAGGAGAGUGAAGGUCAUUUUGUUGUGCGAUAUGUUAGCGAGAACUCUCAGAAUCUCCUUGGCCGCACGCCUCAGGAGCUGUUUGGGCUUGCGAGCUUCCUGGAUAUAUUAAGUGAAGAGCAACAAGACAACCUCUUGGAUCACAUCGACUUCAUUCGAGACGAGGAUGCUGACCCUGCUACCAAUGGACCAGAGGUCUUUAGCCUCUCGAUUAGGCGCCGAAAAGGAAUAAGAAAUACAAAGCUCUGGUGUGCAAUGCACAUAAACCCCGCCCACCCCGAUUUGAUCAUUUGCGAAUUCGAAAGGGACGAUGAUCAAGACUUUCCCCUCCGACCGCCGGAAGAACAGACGAUCACUGCCCCUACGGAGACCCUCAACGGCAACCCUACAUCGGAGCAACUUGGAGAAAGCACAGAGAUUUUAAGCAAGCCACUAAGGAUUUUACGGAGCGCCAGGAAGAAGCGAGGCGAGCAGGGCGCAAUGCAGGUGUUUGAUAUCAUGUCCCAAGUUCAGGAGCAGCUUGCUUCAGCCCCUAAUCUUGAUAUCUUCCUCAAAGUCCUCAUUGGCAUAGUCAAAGAACUCACAGGAUUCCACCGAGUCAUGAUAUACCAAUUUGACUCUUCUUGGAAUGGAAAAGUUGUGGCCGAGUUGGUUGAUGCUUCCAAGACUUCAGAUUUAUACAAAGGGUUGCACUUCCCGGCAUCUGAUAUCCCCGCACAGGCACGCGAUCUCUAUAAGCUGAAUAAGGUUCGCUUACUCUACGACCGAGAUUUACCAUCCGCUAGAAUGGUUUGCCGGACGAAAGAGGAUCUCGACGUACCUCUCGAUAUGAGUCAUGCGUAUCUGCGGGCCAUGUCUCCCAUACAUUUGAAAUAUUUAGCUAAUAUGGCAGUGCGAUCAUCCAUGUCAAUCUCCCUCAAUGCUUUUAACGAGCUUUGGGGGCUGAUGGCGUGUCAUUCCUAUGGCAAUCACGGCAUGCGUGUCUCAUUUCCGAUUCGGAAAAUGUGUCGCUUGGUGGGAGAUACAGCCUCGAGAAAUAUCGAAAGACUGUCAUAUGCAUCGCGACUGCAGGCUCGCAAGCUUAUCAACACCGCCCCAACCGACAGGAAUCCGACUGGAUAUAUCAUUGCAUCUUCUGAUGAUCUAUUACGAUUAUUUGACUCGGACUUUGGUCUGUUAUCCAUUCAAGGAGAGACCAAGAUCCUAGGGGCUAUUGAACAGAGCCAAGAAGCUCUGAUCACGCUUGAAUAUCUUCGAAUGCGCAAACUGACAUCGAUUGUUGCGUCCCAAGAUAUUACUGACGAUUUUCCGGAUCUACAAUACCCCAUGGGAUUCCAGGUCAUCGCGGGAUUAUUAUAUGUGCCCCUCAGUGUUGGGGGUGACGACUUCAUUGUCUUUUUCCGCAAAGGACAGAUUAAGGAAGUUCGAUGGGCUGGAAAUCCCCAUGAAAAAAAGCUUCGAGAAGGCACCGUGGGCUAUCUAGAGCCUCGAGCAAGUUUUAAAACGUGGAGUGAGAUUGUUAUAGGUAAAUGUCGCGAAUGGGCUGAAGAGCAGAUUGAAACUGCGGCGGUUCUCUGUCUAGUCUACGGCAAGUUUAUCGAAGUCUGGAGAGAAAAGGAAGCCGCUCUACAAAAUACUCGACUGACAAGACUUUUGCUGGCCAACUCGGCGCACGAAGUACGCACACCACUCAAUGCUAUCAUCAACUAUCUUGAAAUUGCACUUGAGGGGUCACUCGAUCAAGAGACUAGGGAUAACCUCGCAAAGUCUCAUUCGGCGUCAAAGUCGUUGAUUUAUGUCAUCAAUGAUCUCUUGGACCUGACCAAGACCGAGGAAGGCCAGCAUUUGUCAGUCCAAGAAACAUUCGAGCUUUCUUCUUGUAUAGAUGAAGCCAUCGAUCCUUUCCGCGAUGACGCAAAACGGAAAGGUCUUGAUUACCAGAUCACAAAGCAUCCCGGUUUACCCAAAUUGGUUCGAGGUGAUAACCGGCGCGUUCGCCAGGUUAUCACAAACGUUACGGCAAAUGCGAUUGCUCAUACAACUUCUGGCUAUGUUAACGUAGAUGUUCUCGUUGUCGAGGUCAGAGAGGAUCGGUCAGUGAUGAUACAAAUUGUGAUUGAAGAUUCUGGCUGCGGCAUGAGUCCUCAACAAACAGAAGCCCUUUUCCGGGACCUUGAGCAAGUUAGUACAGAAGGAUCGGCACUACAAGCGGCAAGUGGUGAAAAAGACAAAAAGAUGAACACUUUGGGACUUGGUCUAGCCGUCGUGGCUCGAGUCAUCCGAAACGCAGGCGGCCAGCUAAGGCUUAAGACGAAGGAAGGUGAAGGCUCGCAAUUCAUUAUUCAGCUACCCUUCCAACUUCCCGACGAAUUACCAGAUGCAGAGGGCGCUGGAUCUACCCAUAGCGCUAUCUCUUAUACCUACGAACUUUCGGCAACCAAGUCGCUACCCCUGGCGCAAGAGAACGAGAUCUUGCUGGUCGAUCACAGUAAAAACGCGAUGACAGAUACGAUUUCCUUGGGACGACAGAGUCUUGAUAGCCGCCAAAGUGCUAUCAGUCAAGAUGGAAGCCAGAAAAGCGACGCGGACCGCUUAAUUGACGCCAUUAAAACUCCACUUUCAUUAGACAAAGCGGGAGACAAAGAUAGUGAAUAUUUCUCUGCCAAAGCUCAUUCGUCAACCGUUUCGAACAGAAUUAGCAACACGAGCUUUGGAAGCUUCACAAAUUUAACUGCUCCUCUAAAUGAAACUCCUACCCAAAAGAUUUCUGACAAUUAUAAUGAUGAGGAUCUUGGCGCCUCCAAGGUUCGUGACUCGAAGGUACCAGUUCGAGCAAUCAAGGUACCAGACGAGUACAUAGAUAUACCUUCUUCUUUUAAACCCGAGAAGAGGACGGCGGGAGAGAUUUCCGAGGUUGAUACCGAUGCAACCGAAACGAAACGCCGGCCUAGUUUGGUCAGCAGCACUACGGCAGAGAGUAACGCGUUACACGUACUUGUCGCAGAAGAUGAUCCCAUCAAUAUGAAAAUCUUGAAAAAGAGAUUAGAAAGAGCCGGUAAUAGCAUCCAUCAUUCAGUAAAUGGACAAGUCUGCGCAGAAACAUAUAGUGACAACUCAUCUGCGUUUGAUGUUGUCCUGAUGGAUAUGCAGAUGCCUAUUAUGGAUGGCCUCACCAGUACAAAGACGAUUAGAGAAAUAGAAACAUCUGAAAACAAGGGUCUUUCGCCGAUGGCUGCGAAAUGCGGCCGUAUUCCGAUAUUUGCCGUAUCAGCCUCUCUAGUGGAAGAGUUGAAAAACACUUACGUCGAAGCAGGCUUUGAUGGAUGGAUCUUGAAGCCGAUUGAUUUUAAGAGAUUGUCAACACUUCUAAAGGGAAUUUAUGAUGCUGAAACGCGAGAUUCAUGCAUCUACGUCCCUGGGGAGUGGGAAAAGGGUGGCUGGUUUACAGAGUCGACCAAAGAGGUCGUUGUAAGAACUGAUUGA